CCUGAGCGAGCCCGCCACCACGACCGCCACAGCCCGCCUUGCCGACGCCAUACCCGGCCGGCUGCUCCGCGACGCCACGCGCAAUGCAGUUCCUCGCGGCUUCAGCCCCCUCGUCCACCGCGCCGCGGCUCCCCCAGCCCUCCGCCCGCCUCUCGAGGCCCCAUCCCUUCGCGCACCUCCGCCGCCGCUGCGCUCCCCACCUCCCAUCCAAGCCGCCGCCCCUGGCAUCCGUGUCUCCGGUCCUGCUCCCACGGGCACGGCGCUCCCUGGCUUGCACGCCCCGCGCUCACAGCAACCACCACGGGCACGGGCACCAUGGGCACGGGCACGGGCACUGCCAUUGCCACCACGGCUCGAACCUGCAUGGGGGAGGCGGGGGCGCGACGGUCAUGCGGUUGGCGAGGGCGAUCGGGUGGGCUGACGUCGCCGACGCGCUGCGGGGUCACCUGCAGGCCUGCCGCAUCUCCCUCGGUCUCCUCCUGAUCGCCGCCGCCUGCCCACACGUGGCGCCGCUCAACUCCGUCGGGCGUUUGCAGGCCGCGCUCAUCGCCGUCGCCUUCCCUCUUGUCGGGGUAAUGCACUCUCCCAGCUAA